AUGAGCUCGGCGCAUGCGAAUGACUCAAGUGAUCCAUCCCAGACAGUUCAAACCUCCAGCUCAUUGAUUCCACAAUGGGUUUCUGAUGCAAGGGAAGUCCAAAGCGCAUCGAAUUUCUCUCUCUCUGAUAUCAAUGCUCCCGGUGAAAAUAUUUGGGUAGAUGAAGUUCCACCGGAGCUUUGGAUCAAGAUCUUUCACUUGCUUCCCCAGUCAGAUUUACUGUUUCACGUACCACAAGUUUGCCGGGCGUGGUAUCAGGUAAGCCGCUCUCCGAUCCUGAGAACACGUCUCGUUCUGCGAAGAGAUGUGCCUCCAGAUGUGCUAUACGAGCAAUUUAAGACGCGACCAUUAAUGCGAUUGUUCCAUUGUACUGCAAUGGAGUCAGCAGGAUCAGCCUUAGUCAGUGCCAUUCAACUGUCCACUUCACUUCAGUGCUUAAACAUUGGAUUUUGCAAGCUGUCUGAGGAGUUAUUGGACACUUUGAGUACUCACCUUCCUCCAACAUUGGUGCAUCUCAAUGUGGAAGGAAUAAAGACCAUUGGUCUUCAUUUCAUCAGCAACCUGGUAACUCGUUGUCCAAAAUUGGAGGCAUUAAACUUAUCACACUGCGUUGCUGUCUGUAACCAAUGUGUACGGUUACUAUGUGAUACACUUACCACCCUGAGACGUCUCAAUUUGGAUGGUGCAUUGUGGUUCACGGAUGAGGCUCUACAAUAUUUGGCUGAUUCUUGUCGAACUCCGGGNAACUCCGGGAUUGGGGACUUCUUACGACGUUUAUCCGAGACGAACAAAGAAUUGGAAAAAUGUCUCAAUGUCCGCAUUUUGACCCACACCGAGGAGUAUCCAAAUGACACCGAGAACCCGUUGGGAUUGCACGUUUUAUGGUUCAGUUUCUGUGAUAACUUCACCAAUGUUACUGUUAAACCCAUUCGGGAUCUAACCGGACUUACUGCUCUUACAUUGCGUAAAGCCAAAGGAGUCACAUCAGAUGGCUGGAAAGAUCUUUUCGUUCUGGAAUCUGGGUCCCCUAACUUGUCGUUACAAUGGCUUGAACAUGUAGAUCUCAGCGAAGCUCCUGACGUGAAUGAUGCUGUGGUAUCUUGUUUAUGUAAAUGUUGUGGCUCUCGACUUCGGUCGCUUGCACUUAACUGGUGCUGGUGUGUGUCAGAUAAUGGUCUUGAAACCAUUGUUACCGAAUGCCCCAUGAUGCGACACUUGAGCUUGAUUGGAAAUCACACAAUUAAUGGCAGGGCCCUGUCGUUUAUUCCUACCAGCCAACCCUUGAUGAAUGUUGUCAACUUAACUCAAUGUAAUCGAGUGAUUGAUUCAAUUUUGGAGGACUUGGUUCAGCAAAUGCCUCACCUUCAUGUAUUUGACUAUUCUGGAGAACCGGUUGGUAACGAACUCAAAGACUUUUGUCAUUACGACUUGUGGCGUUCCUUGAGAAAGGUGCCAAUAUGCGCUGACUAA